AUGGCGGACGUCGAUAUUGACGAAGAAGACGACGAGGUGGUACCAAACCCAGCCGAAGAUGGCACCAGUGGAAAGGAUGAGAACGGUGGCAAAGAGGAUGACUCCAAGGAAAAGCGAAGGAGCGGCGGCAGCCGUGAUGGUAGCCGUGAUGGUGAUGACAUCAAGCGAAGCAGCCAUAGAGGAUCUAGUAGAGACGACGACAAGAGACCAAGGUCUUCUAGUAAGAGUGAUUUGAGACGAAGUGGUCAUGGCGAUCGCCGUUCCAGCGACCGAAAACGUGCCAGUCGAAGCAGCCGCAGUGACAGUGAAAGGCGUCCCAAGGAGACGGAAGAAGAACGGGAAGAACGGAAACGAAAGGAACGAGAAGAGCGAGAAAAACGAGAAAGUCUCAAGGGUGGUGAUGCCCUUCCUCGCAUUGACCGUCGAGAAUCGAGACGUCAUUUAGUCGAUGACAAGAGGAGCAGUAGUAGUGGCAAAGAGCGGCUGAAACGUUCCAGCACGUAUGACCACACUGGUCGAGACAGAGAUCGGGAUCGUGAUAAACAUCGAGAUCGAGAUCGAGAUCGGAGCCGAAGCAGCAGUCGCAGUCGAGGAAGCUACAAGAGAGCCUCCAGCGAGAAGAAAAUGCUGGGAGGUGUUGAUGACAAGGCAGACGACAAAGACGACAACGAAUUGCUCUUUGGUGAUGAAAAGGAUCGUAAAGACAAGGAUAGAGAUCAUCGCGACAGAGAUAAAGAUCGCGACAGAGAUAAAGAUCGCGACAGGAGGAGGAGUGACAGAGACCGGGAUAAAGAUAGAGACAGGCGAAGAAGCGACAAGGACAGAGAUCGAGACCGAGAUCGCGACAGAGACCGGCACCGUGAUGGCAAGAAAGAAACCGAUGAGGAGAGAGAAAAGCGGCGAGCUGAGCGAGAGGAGCGAAGAAAGAAGGAGAAGGAGGAAAAGGAGGAGGACGAACGACGCCAGAAAGAGCGUAGGGAACGCAGAGAAAAGGAGCGUGAAGAAAGAAAGCGGCAGGAUGAAGAAAAGCGGAAAGAACGAGAAGCCUUGAAAGAGGAACGGCGAAAAUCCAAGUCUUCCGAUGGUGGAAAGGAAGGAGCCAUGCAGGUUAAUCGCGCCGAUUUGAGGCAAAUUAGCAAAGAAAAAUUCACCAGUGUCUACAGUCUCGGUAAAAAGAUCUACAAAGGAGACGACACUCGGGUUCACAAGUGCAGCCACUGGGCCACCGGUACGGAACGAUGUGUCAAGAUUACGCCAAAAAAGUCCAGCUCCUGUCAUGAGUUUGACAUGUUGAAGAAUAUGGAUCACCCCAAUAUCCUUACCAUGUACGAUUUGUUUGUGGAGGAGGACGACAUGGGCUUUGAAUGGUUCUUGGUGGUGGAUCUUUGCAAGGGUAGCAGUCUCUACAACUACCUGCAGAAACGAUCCUGUAAGCCGGGAAAGGAAAUCGUGGACGAAACGCCGCCACCCCCAGACCCCGAUGAUGAUCCGUUUGGAUUGGGUGGCCUGGUGAGCGGUAUGGAAGAGAUGGCCAAAGGUGUGGACGAUAUGGUCAAGACUAUCGCGGGGGAAUCCACGGAUGAUGACAUCAGUGAAGUAGAAGAGGGGGACUGCUACGGAAUGGCUGAAGACGAAGUGAAACAGGUCAUGCUGCAGGUUCUCUCGUGCGUCAAUUAUCUACACAAGAAUCGUCUUGUCCACGCAGACAUCAAGCCUGAGAACAUUUUGAUGGCAACCCAAAAGGAUUUGUCAUCCAUCAAACUGCUAGACUUUGACAACUCGGCAUUGCUGCGGAAGGCAGACGACAAGAUCGGUAUCCAGAAGGGAACUCCAGAGUACAUGGCACCAGAAGUACAUGCUGGCACCAAGUAUGACUACAAGUGCGAUGUCUGGAGUUGUGGUGUCCUUGCGUACCAGCUCCUUUCCAAUGGUUUGCCGUUCGGCGAUACUCGCGAAGACGAAACUAGUGAAGAAGAUGUCUCCAACAGAGUCCAAGAAGGGAAGUACACGAUGGCUGGCCCUGCCUGGGGACCUGUCUCUGAUGACGCCAAAGAUUUUGUGAAGCAUCUUCUGGUGCUUCGUGAUAAGAAGCGCCCUACGGCAGAGAAGGCGCUCACCCACAGGUUCUUGGCUGGAAACAAGAAGGGAGAGAACUCCGCGGCGGCGGCCACCACUGUCAAGUUGUCAGGAAAUGCGGUGGCCAUGAGCGCCAUGACGAACUUCGGAAAAUUCAAGGCCGAAUCCAAGCUCAAGAAGGCAACGUGCGCUUUCAUUGCUUCUCAGUUGUUGACCAAGGAAGAAAAAGACAAGAUCGACAAUGUCUUCAGGGCUAUGGAUAUCACUAAGGAUGGAAAACUGUCCAGACAGAGGGUAGAUUGCGAUGGAACGGGCGAAAUCGAGUACUCGGAGUUUGUCAUCGCGUCAAUGUCAGAGACUGAUCUGCUGAGCACGGACAGGCUUCGAAAGGCGUUUCAGUUGUUCGACAAGGACAACAGUGGUUCCAUCACAAUCAGCGAACUUCGCGACAUUUUCCAAUUCUUCCAGACAGCUGGUGCUGACAUGGACCAAGACUACAUUGACAAAGUCAUCGCUCAAGUUGACGCUGACGGCGAUGGGGAUGUCAGUUUCGAGGAAUUCUGUGAUAUGAUGAGGAACGGGAUCGCUAUUGCGUAG